CUCGGUAAAUAAAUUGUCGGUUGUCACUGCACUGGUGGAACAUCAGACUUAUUUUUAGUGAUGCCGUUGAUGGAUUGACUAGAGAGGGCUGCUUCUGGUUCUGGUCUCUCUGGUAAAUACGAAAAGACCAGAACGGCGACUUAAUGGCCGGCCAGGGUAACAAAAUUCUUGAGCCAUGGCAUCGUUUAGAUAGGAAGGUGGUGAUGGUUACCGGUGCCUCUUCAGGCCUUGGCCGCGAUUUCUGCUUGGAUCUUGCCAAGGCCGGUUGCAAGGUCGUGGCCGCUGCGCGACGGAAAGAUCGAUUGAAGUCUCUAUGCGACGAAAUCAAUCAAUUGGGCUCUACCUCCUCGUCGUCGGAGAAUGAUUCGAAUCCUCCCAGUCUCAGAGCUGUUGCCGUAGACCUGGAUUUGAACGCUAAAGGGCCUGUUAUUGAGGCUUCCGUACAGAAGGCUUGGGAUGCUUUCGGUCGAAUCGACGCCUUGAUUAACAACGCCGGAGUUAGAGGUGGGGCAGUGACUUCUCUGCUGGAUUUCCCCGAAGACGAAUGGAACAAUAUUGUCACUACUAAUUUAACAGGAACUUGGCUAGUAUCAAAGUAUAUAGGUAGAUGCAUGAGCAACACUAAUCAGAAAGGAUCAAUUAUUAAUGUUACAUCUAUAGCUGGCCUUAACCGUGGACAAUUACCUGGAGGUGUUGCUUAUGUUGCUUCAAAGGCUGGACUGAAUGCCUUGACAAAGGUCAUGGCUUUAGAGUUGGGACAGCACAAUAUCAGGGUGAACGCAAUAGCACCUGGAUUGUUUAAAUCUGAGAUUACUCAGGGACUUCUGCAGAAAGAGUGGAUCAACGAAGUGGCCAGAAAAACUGUUCCUCUGAGAACAUUCGGCACAACAGACCCAGCACUUACAUCACUUAUCCGGUAUUUGAUCCAUGAUUCCUCAUAUUACGUUACGGGCAACAUAUUCAUUGCUGACGCCGGGGCUACCCUUCCAGGCGUCCCCAUCUUCUCUUCUCUUUAAUUCUGAAAUUUAUUUUACAUAAGCAUGAUUUACUACAACUUUCCGAUACCUAUAUGUUUUAAGUGAUAUCAAGAUGUACUAGUUAAUUGAAGAUCUGAUUAGCUGAACUAGCUGAACUUGAUAGCUGUUUUAUGGGCUGUGGGACCAAUCUUCCCUACCAGCCAUAAAUGCAAUUGAGAGACUGAGUGGUUGUGGGCUAUAUGCACCUUGUGACUGGCUUGGAACAAAACGAUUGGUUUCGCAGACUCAGGUAAAUCAGUUCAGUUAACUGGUGGUCAUUAAAGAGGCCACCGGUGCGGGUCUCCUCUAAAAAGAAGAUUAAUGUCAUAAAGUGUGAUGAAUGAAUGAUAUGUUACACAUACAUAUUUUUAUCUA